AUGCCAUCUUCCUCUGUAUCGCGCUCACGAUCUGGUUCGGGGUCACGCUCGUACCGAGGCCAUAAGCGUUCGAGUGACCCUCGUCGUAAUGAGGACGAAAUUGUAAGGCUACGUGAUGGCAGUAUUGGACGCACCCCGUCGCCCUCGGUUGAGAAGAAGGGUGAAGAUGGGUAUGAUUAUGAACAGAUGGAGGUGUCUAAUGCUGAUGCUGCAUUCGUGUUGGGUCGGCAGGGCCGUACUAAACUGAAGUUGGCUAGAGUGAGCCAAGCUGAUAUCGAGCUGAGGGAGAAGGUGCAGGGGGAUAAGGCGGCAGGGGAUAUCAUUGAGAUUGGGGGGACGCCUGAAGUUAGAAGAAGAGCAAUCAAGUAUAUAAAAUGUGUUAUCGCACAGAGGACAGGGCCUGUCAUGGUGGACGAGGAGGCUGAUGAUGAUGACGAUUUGACGGUGUUGAAGGUCCCUCGUGAAGCUGCUGGGUUCGUCACUGGUGCUGGUGGCUCCUUCUUGAGAGCUGUGGAGGAGGAGUGGAGUACGAUUAUGUUCUUCGCUGACUUCAAUGCUACUAACAAGGACAAGACGAGGGAAUUUGAAACCCUGGCGAUAUUCGGUGCGAAGAGAUCGCGACAAGGCGCAAUGUUGAAGGUUAUGUCAGCGGUUGAGACUAAGAUCCCUGGUCAUUUUACUAACGAUAUCGAGCUCACUGAGUGCCACGAUGAAGGGGAAGGCAUGGAUGUUAUGAGGCUAGAGGAUGAUGAGAUUUCGUAUGCUUUGGGUAAGAAGGGUGGUACUCGUAAGAAGAUCGCGGCUUCUAGCGGAGCGGUGGUGGAAUAUGUUGGCAACUAUGUUCAUAUUUAUGGCACUUUGGUCCAACGGCAGAAGGCCAAGGAGUACAUCGAUUGGCUGUUCGCCCAGUUGAAGGGACCAGUAUGUGUCGAUGCUACGGGAAGGGACGACUGCACUAUUGUGGAUGUCCCGAGGGAAUGUGUUGGAUAUAUUACUGGGUAAAAAUGCAGGGUGUGGGAUUUGAACUUGGGUGAUCAACUAUAGUAGAAUAAUAGGUAUAUAGUAGUGUUGAUGAUGAUGAUCUGUUAUUUCCCCAGACUAGUCGUCUAAGACCAUUCACUCUCAUCACUAAGCAUCUUCGUGAUCGUCGUCGUGGUCAUCGUCGUUGGCGUCUCGGGCACAUUCGAGCGAACUUGAGAAUCUACGCCUUCUCCUCCUCUUCCUCCAACUGUUGAGGGCCACGACGUCUUGGAUUUCAUCUACUGCAUGAUUGCGAACUAGUUCUACCAACGCGACGACUUAUGGUGACCAGCAAAAGCAAAAUCGGGCAUCAGCAUUAUCAUCGAGUAGAAAUGACCCUGCUGGGGAUCGAACCAUAGACCUUUCGGCCGCGCUAUCCUGAGCCCUUAGAAGGUGGCGGUGAA